AUGACAGAAUGUCACGGAAACAACAAAGGUCCAAUGUCUCCACCCCAAACACCCACGGAUCUUUCAUUCAUAUUAAACCCUACUGAGAGUUCGACGAAGAAGGAGGAAACUACAGCCACACCGAACUCAAUAACGUCAAUACCUGUCACGCCCGCCAAUACUACUGUUCCGUCCUUUCAAGCUCCAGUGCGAACAGUUCUUGGUGCGAGAUACUUGCUCAACGACCUUCCAGAAUCAAUUAGGAUUUUACUUCGGGAAGACGAUGAUCAAACACAUCAACCUUCCCUACAACAAAAGCGGCAACAACAGCAACAACAGCAUCAACAUCACCAUCAACAUCAACAUCACCAAUAUCAUCAACAACAUCAUCAACAUCAACAUCAGCAUCAACAACAGCAUCAACAACAUCAACAUCACCAACAUCACCACCAACUAUGUACACUAUCCCAUGCAGUCAGACGACGUCCAGACUGUGGCGGUCGUCGCAAAAAUCCAUACCCUAUGCGAUCGCCAAGUAAGCAGCCAACAAAAGGACUUCCACCUACUCCUCCUACGACAACUGUAUAUGGUCUAUAUAAUGAAGACCCGCGUGGAUUUUUAGAACGAAAUCUAAAAGAAUUGAAAUUCAUUGAAGACCCUCGACCACACUCUCCAAGACCAAUUCUCUCUGACGAAGAAAGAGAAUUGGAACAAGAACAGAAAAAGCUAUCCCGUCGUCGCACUAAAAAGAAGCGACCGAUUCCAUACGAUAAAGUGCAACGAAAAAAGAAAUCAAACAGUAUGGCACGAGUACUCGCCGAUCGUGCAUCGAUAUCGGUAACGUCUUCUCACACUUUAUCUGACCACAGCACGAAUACAACUUCAUCUCCUCAAUCAGAAAACGGAGAAACAUGUAACGAGGGCAUCACGUCAACUUCGACACGAGAAAGUGCUACUGUCCGUGUAUCAAAAGCUCCUGCACCUCCAGCUAUGGAAUGGCAUGAUCUGAAAGCCGCGAUCGAUAACUUGGGUUUAGACCAAGUACGUAUCAAUGUACCGAAUCAUGGAAUUACUUGGAAGGGGUCUCCAUUAAAUAUCACGACGUUGCCGCAUUACAGCUCCAUGCAUCCUUCCGAAGCAUCUGUGGCUUCAGUGUUGAGAUUAACGCCAUUACAGUAUUUCAAUGCUAAAUAUACGCUCGUAUCGACUGCCAACAGAUAUGUACAGAGAGAGCAGCCGUUCAGAAAAUCAGAUGCACAAAAGUUAUUACAUAUCGAUGUUAACAAGGCGAGUAAGUUGUGGGAAUUCUUUGUACUAGCGGGUUGGAUUAAGGCGGACGAGAGAGAUAUAAUGAGAAGGAAGUAA